GGAGGAGGGAGGGGGGGGUAGGGGGGGUGCGCGGGUAACUGAUGUGCGCGGGUGAUGGUGGUUAUGGGCGGUGGUGUAGUAAUGGGCGCGCGAGGCAGCGAUGCUGGGGCGGAUGGGUCGACGGUGAAGGCGGUGAAGGCGGUGAAGGCGGGAGGCAAGUCGGGACGGGGCCGGCGGAGUCGGGCGAGCUCGACGUCCAAGGCUGCAGCUCGGGAGAUGCUUGGCGGGCGGGCGAAGAUUCUGAAGAUUCCGUUUGAGAAGCUGCGCAAGCUGCAGGCUGUGGGCUCUGGCCAGUUUGCGCUUGUGUACCGGGCCGAGUGGCGGUCGUCGCGAGCGCCAGGCCAGAAGAAGCGGCAGUUUGUGGCGAUCAAGUUUGCCAAGAAGAACAUGCUUGAUCAGCGUGACUUGCUCAAGGAGAUCCGGCUGCUGUCACGGCUGCAGCACCCUAACGUGAUGCGGAUCUACGGAGUGACGACGGACCACAAGGGGCGGCGUGGAGCGGUGAUGCAGUACAUUCCGUGGUCGCUGGUCAAGGUGCUCGACAAGGUGGAUCCUGUGCGUGUGGCACUGGACGUGGCCAAGGCGCUCAAGUACCUGCACGAGCGCAAGUUCCUGCACAUGGAUCUCAAGCCGGACAACGUGCUGAUCACGACGAGCGGGCGGGCGGUGCUGUCUGACUUUGGGCUCGCCGGGCGUGUGGGCCUGACGACGCCUGCGGGCGGGGCCGGGACGCGCGGGUACAUGGCACCCGAGGUGCGUGACGUUGACGUAGCGGGGCGGCCGCGGUACUCGUAUCCUGUGGACGUGUACUCAUUUGGCAAGCUGCUUGUGGACCUCAAGGCGUACAAUGAGGCGACGCCUGAGGCGCUCAAGAAGCUCGCCAAGCGGUGCAUCAAGACUGAGGCGUCAGAGCGGCCUACGUUCCGGCAGAUUGUCAAGUUUCUGAAGAAGCUGCGGCUGAUGUCGCCGCCGCCACAGUUUUCGUCGUCGGGCGAGGUGCUGUCGUCGGCACCGUCGCGGUCUGCGGGCGAUCCGCGCGGCUCGGGCGGCCUUGCGCCGUACUCGCUGGCGGCCGGCCCGUCGUCGCUCGCCUUUGCCUCACCGGCCUCGUCGUCCGACUCGACGUCGAGCGAGAGCAAAGGAGCAAGCACCAGCAGUAGUUCGAGCGAGUCGAGCAGCUCGAGCUCGAGUUCGAGCUCCAGCAGCGAGUCGAGCAGCUCGAGCACGUCGUCGUGACCAUGUGAGAUGAUGGCCACUGAAGGCCGUAAACUCUUCUGACCGACC